CUUUCUUUUCAACACAGCUACAUCCUGCGCUGUUCUCCGAGAGACCAUCUGAAACUAAAAAGCGACUCGCAAACUUUCUGUUGGCUAAGGCGUUUAGGAGGGUGGCUAAAAGAGCUGUCUUGACUUCCAGCGCGAUUUUAUAUGCGAUUAAACCGUUUUUUCAGAACAUUGAUGCAACCUAAACCGCAGUAACAAGUUGUUCGCUUCAUUGAAACAUCAGCAGAAAUCAUGACGGCUGCGCAGCAUCAGCUAAAUUUGGACUACGGUGACUUUGACAUGAGAUUUGAUGUGAAAAAGGAGGCUGCAGCUUUGGGACCGGACCGCUCUUUUAUCCAGCAGUGCGGUGUACACGUGCCAGGCUCCGUGUCCAGCACACCCAUGAGCACCCCGUGCAGCUCCGUGCCUUCCUCCCCGAGCUUCAGCCCAAGCGGACAGAGAAGCGGUGCUGAAGAUCUCUACUGGACCCUGAGCACGGGGGCUUAUCCGCAGCACGCGGAUCCCCACUGCCUUGAACUGACACCCGAGGAUGUCCGGGAAGCCUUAAGUGCCAAUCUCAUGCAUGCACACCCUUCUCAGCUCCACCAGGCAGAGAUGGAGCAUGGAUACAGGAGCAUCGGUCAGUUCCACGCACCAAACAUGCAUCAAUUCCAUCAGCAGCAGUACUCCGACCUCGGCCACAAUCCCGACUUCGCGCACGACAAAAGCGUGGAUCAGUUAAUGCAGCAACUCGACUUUGCACCUCAAGGCGCGACGCACCUCAGGUCGCAUAAUAUCCACCAGCAGACGCACCACAGACGCGGCGAGCGCGCGGAGAGCCGCUUCUCCGACCAGCAGCUGGUGUCCAUGUCUGUGCGCGAGCUCAACCGACACCUCCGCGGCAUGAGCAAGGACGAAAUUAUCCGGCUGAAGCAGAAACGCCGUACCUUGAAAAACCGCGGCUACGCUCAGUCGUGUCGACACAAACGCGUUCAGCUGAAACACAUACUGGAGAACGAGAAGACGAGCCUCGCGACGCAGGUGGAGCAGCUGAAGCACGAGCUCAAUAAGCUGGUGCGCGAGAGGGACGCGUACAAACUCAAAUGCGAGAGACUAGUUGUCGGAAUGAACUGCCAGAGCAAUGGACCCUGUUGUGAAAAUCCCUCAUCGCCUGAAUUUUUGCGAUAGUUCUGCAUAUAUUUAAUGUUGAUAAAGUUUCUCCUUAAUAAUAUAAAAAAACAGCUUAAAAUUGUUUGCUGGUCUGACCAGCAAAACCGUCUUAGACUUCCUUGUUUUUGUCAGCAGAGGAGAAAGUUUUAAUUCUGUUGUUUGGUAUUUUAGCCUAUAUUUUCACUCAACUUUAUCUCUGACAUGUCAAGCUGGUUUUGAUAAUGCAUCUUUUAUCUUCUAGUUUUCACAACAGUCAGUCAUCUCAGCUAUGCAAAUGACAUUUGAACUUUUUGGAAAUAGAUGCAUUGCCUUGGCAAUUUUUGUUUGUUUUAACAUUUUGUAAUAUCUUUAAUUUGCUUCAUUAAUCAACUGUAUUAUUUUUUCCUCAAAACUCUUCUGAAGAGUAGACGAUUGUGAUUUGAAUUUCAUUGUUACCUCCAGAAUAAAUUUUUUAAGAAAAAAAAAAAAGCAUUUGGAUUCCCUUAUUUUUCUUGCACUUCCCCAGAACGCAGUUCAAACUGCGUUUUUGCACAAAACGUACAUAGCAUGGAUGUUUUAUAUGUAACCCAUCAACAGACUGAGAACAUAAGAAAAAAAAACAACAGUUCACAGGUAUGUCUACUCGCAGCAACCUUUGACCUUGCUCAGCGGCUGUUUCCUGAGACAACUGUGUUUCUAAUGACUCGAGAGACUCGGAGAAGAGCUGCACAGCACUGAUUGUACCAAGGUGGAAAUACGCUUUGCUCUCUUCUCCUUAAGAGGAAAGCAAAGGCUAUCCAUCUGAACUGUUUUUUGAUUUCUCUUGAAAAUAAUAGUUUUAUUACGAACUCCAGUAACACCGAAGGAUUUGCUGGAAAGGCCAGCCUAGUAUGACAAACUUUACGAGCAAAAUGAGUAAUCUACACUCUAAACCACAAUGUUGGAACAUUUGCACUUUUGUAAUGAAUCGAAAAUGAUUUAAAGUCACGCGAAUGAAAAAAAGUGAAGCAGUGCGAUACACUUUCACAACACUGACAUAAAUAGAUCUUCAAACACUAGUUGUUAUUUUUGUUUUACACAACUCUUCUUUUCUCGGGAUCCAAACUACAUGUGUGGCAAAACAGCCUUUAACCCUAGACCUUGUUGUCAACUGCUCCUUAACAGUUAGCAAAAGAUUGACCUCCUUGUAAUGACGUGCCACCUGUGCAAUACAGGGUCACAGGUGCAAAAGCAGUUUUUCACUGAGCAACAGCUUCAUGAUCUCUUUCUCAUUCCAAGGUUAGCUUGUCAUUCAUGAGAAUGGUUUUUAUGAAAGCGUUGUAUGGGCUGAUCAAUAGGACUAAUGUGCCAGAAGACUCAUUAGUAACAUUCAUUCAGGAUUUUUCAAAGCACUUAUAAUUUCUCGGGUUCCGAUUGACUCCAUACAAAUGCAUGUAUUUUUUAAAAUGUAGAUAGGGCUAGUCAUUUGUAUCAUUGACGGUGUUUUUUUAUUUUGUGCUGUUCUUGUAGUUGGGAAGACUCUGUGUACAGUGUUUUAUCACUGGAAAAGCAGUGCUGUUGUAAAAGUCGGUAACAACCUUUUCUUGCGCGUGAGAUAUUGUGGCCGUCCCCUCCUUCCCCCACUCUGCCUUUGCCCGAGGGGGAGGGGUAUUGAGUCAGCACUCUGCCCAAGGUGUCUGCUGCUCUGUGGCAUCAGAGGGUCACUGAAACCAGAAAGACUGAGGCAGGAAGAGACCAUGGACAAGCAAAAGUGCAAAAAGAGUUGGUAUUAUUAGACUAACAGAGGCUGUCAAAUUCUGGUAGUAAAAUGGUAGUUAUGACUCUGUAUGAGUUGGGUUUAAACUAUUUAUUGAACAUAUACAUGCACACUGUGUUAAUGUUUAGUAUGAGUUUGCCAACUUGCCACAUUGUACAGCAACUGCAAGUUAUACUUAAGUUUAAGAACUAUUUAUUCUGUUUAUUGAUGAUGAUUAUUAUUAUUACAUUUAUAAACUUAUAGAUUAUAUAAUUAUAAAUGUAUAAUUUAUUAAGAAUGUAAUUUAUUAUUGUACUAUUUUGCUGUUACAGUCAUCUAAUAAAAUAAAUACAAUUAUA